UCCCUAUGCCUUAAGUGCUCUAACGAAAUCAGAUUCAGAACCAAGUUCAGGUGUGGUGUCUGCUACCUUACAGACUGUGAUCUGUCCCACUGACCUUUCUCAGUUUGUCGAGAGAAGUAAUCGUUUGGCAUCAGAAUCCUUCUUCACUAUCAUAUGACAAUUUUACUCCUGCCUUUGCCAGAUAAGCUUUUAAAAUUGUGUUUCCCAUGUCAAGUUUCUGAUUUUAUAUUACACAAAAAUGUCUCGGUCAUCUCCAAUUUCCUAUCAUUUUCAAACCCUUACUUCCCUUUCACGUAAUGGUGCUGUGCAAGGAAAAGUUUUGUAUUCAGGAUCCCUACUAGGGGAAAGGGAAUGAGUGGGGAAUUAAAAUAAGUGGCUUUAAAGGCUUCUCCAACUGCACUGUUUUGCCUCUGGAACACCCUGCCGUGUGCUGGCAUCUGACUGACUGGGUUCCGUGUGCAUUUGCACCUCACUGCAUCUGACUGAUUUUGUUCCAUGUGCAUUUGCUGUUAUCUACAUCUGACUGACUGGGUUCCAUGUGCAUUUACUCUUCACUAUACCAUAAUGAUUGGGUUCCAUGUGCCCUUGCUCUUACUGCAUCUGACUGAUUGAGAUCCAUGUACAUUUGCAGUGAAGAGCAAAUGCACACGGAACUCAAUCAGUCAGAUUCAUUAACUGAUGCGAUUAUCCUGUGAUAAAAGCGGGGUCUGGAGCUCAGCAGUCCUCAGUUCGUUCCUGCAGCCGAGAACACAGAAUGAAGGAGGGCAUGAGCCAGCGAGAGCGGGAGAGCCAGCAAAGGCACUUGGGGGACUUGGUGGCAGUGGCAGCAAUGGUGGUGGAGAAGCAGGCGCACCUCAGUCCGCAAGCUGAGUGGCCUGCCCUCCGCCAUCCAGAUGUCCCCCAUGGUGGCCACUACCUUCCCACCGACAAGCCUGGCCGCCCUGGCCACCACAGGAUCCGAGUCCGGGGGGUUAGCCGCUCCCCAGUCAAAAGGAAAAGCAAGUCUUCAGGGAGAAGCAAGUCUCCUGCGAGUAGGAGAAGCCGGAGUCCUCACCACUCAGUAGUCACUGUGAAGCAGGAAUGUGAGGAACACCCCCGAAGAGGGCGGGCGGAUGGGCAGCACCGGGAACCCUCAGAACAGGAGCACAGGAGAGCUAGGGACAGUGACCCGGAGAGAUGGCCGGGCCAUUCCCACCGAAGGACAGCCUGGAACAAGAGGCCGGAGUGCGGGCAGGUGCAGGAUCGUGACAUGCAGACCCCACAGGCUCAGGAGGAAGAGCGGGAGUGGUGUCAUGCCAGACGCCAGGAGCAUCACCAGAAGACGGAAGCUCGUGGCAGAGGUGAUGACUCUCCGGAGGUGUCCCCUCCACCUGGUGGCAACAAUAAAGAAAAAGUGGCGCCCGUUGAAGAAAACCCCAGCUCUGAGCUUUCUGGGGCACUUCUUGAGGACACCAACACCUUCAGGGGUGUAGUCAUUAAGUAUAGCGAGCCCCCGGAAGCACGUAUCCCCAAAAGACGGUGGCGGCUCUACCCCUUUAAAAACGAUGAGGUACUUCCCGUCCUGUGCGUCCAUCGACAAAGCGCCUACCUGCUGGGUCGACAUCGCCGCGUCGCAGACAUUCCACUUGACCACCCCUCCUGCUCGAAGCAGCACGCGGUCUUCCAGUGUCGCCUUGUGCAUUACACCCGCGCUGAUGGCACAGCUGGCCGUGGGGUGAAGCCCCACAUUAUUGACCUCGGCUCAGGAAACGGAACAUUCUUGAACAACAAACGUAUUGAGCCACAGAGAUACUAUGAGCUGAAAGAAAAGGAUGUGCUUAGAUUUGGGUUCAGUAGCCGGGAGUAUGUCUUACUCCAUGAGUCAUCGGACACUUCUGAGGUGGACAGAAAAGAGGAGGACAUCUGCGAGGAGCAGUAAAUGUCCGACAGCUAGAAAACUAAGGAACCACCCAAACUGCCUGACACCUUUCCCUGCCUGGAAGGCUUUGGGAUCGAACCAAAGGGCACUGUGGCGCUCUCUGUAAUGCCACCUACUGCCUUGUGUCAUUCCUCUGUUGCUGACCCACUUAUUUGAUGGUUUAAGAACACUGACUUCUGUUUGGAACUUUGUUCUGUGGCACACCAGCCACACGCCUGUGGACAUUUGUUUCGGAACAGUCUCAAUUAUAACACACUGUGUUUUAGGAGAAGCAUUGUGGCUUCAGUUGCUUCCAGGACUGCUGCCUAGGAAACUAGGAACCCGUGGUUAAAGGGGAAUUGUGGCUUGUUCUCUUUGUACACACUUUACUUAGAUACUUGUUAAGCUUUGUGGACCAGGUGGUUUUGCUUGGGGGGCAAAUCCCUGAGCAGAGAAUCCUAUUAAGCUUUGGUUAUCACCAACACAACUUCCAGUAUAUACCAAAGCUUUGACCUAGUGGAUCUAAAGAGUCAUAGAAGCUGAUUUCACACUUAGUUUUUUGGUGGGUGGAAAUUUAAUACAUAACCUCAUUAUCGACUGUUUAACUUAAACAAAUGCUUUAUGGCACCUCCUAAAGCAUAUGAUGUAUAGGAAGAUCAUGGCUGCUCCCAUAGGUGCUGAUUUAAUGUCACAAAAGCUGAAAUGGGUUGUGGAUCUAUUUCCUAUGAGAGAAUUCCUGAUUUCUCUGGGGAUAUUGUACUUAAGACUGACCAUCAUUAUCUCUUCUUAAAUUUUGCAUUUUUAUUCAAAUGUUAUCUUCUGUUUUUCCUUGGGAAAUACACUGGCACUUACAUAGC